AUGAAACGGCUGGUGGUGGCCCUUUGCCUUGUGGCGGCGUGCUCUGCUUUCGACAUCAGCGUGUUGGGCCUCUUCGAGCUCAAUGGUACUUCGCAGAGUGCGGAACUUGCCGCAGCACAGCUCGCUGUGCAGCACGUCAAUGGGGCCCGCGUACUCGGUCAGCACCGCCUCAAGCUUGUCGUCAACGAUACUAAGUCCUUAGAAGGUGAUCUUCACCCCCAUUCCUCCAAACUCCCCCUCCAGCAAGAGGCUUUACCACCUCUGGAGUAA